AUGAACCCCUUUCGUGUCUUUCAGACUGGCGAGCCCUGGCAGCGUGUCGGGCUGACUUCGGAAUUUCCCGAGAUAUCAGAUGACACCGAAGCUUGCGCCAUCACACAAAGCUGCAAAGCCUUCCGGAUCCCGAAAACGAAGGGCGAGGAAGUCGUCGAAGCAGACAUUGACUUACCUGGAGAUUUGAAAGACCAAGUCCUUGUCUUCAAAUAUAAAGGAAAGGUCCAUGCAAUCGAUCACCAAUGCCCACACUCAUCAUUCCCCCUAUCUCAGGGGAAUCUCUUUGACAUUGAGGAUUUCGGGAUUACGCUGAGUACUGGGAUUACAUGUCCGAAACACGGGUGGUCAUUCGAUAUUAUCUCGGGCAAGGCGGAUCGAGGCAACUACAAGCUCAAGGUUUGGGAGGUGCAGCUGCGUGACGUACCCGGGGGGUCCGACUCCGAGGAAAAGGAGGUUUGGGUCCGGCGGAAGCAGAGGAUUGGCUAG